CAAAGAGGCUAGCCAUGACUGAACACAGAGGCCACAAGCAACAUGAUAUUGAUUUCAGCAACCUACCUGAUUGUAUUCUUGAUCAGAUUCUGUCUUUUAUGCCCACAAAAGAUGCUGUAAAGACAUCUAUAUUAUCUACAAGAUGGAAGAACCUGUGGGUUUCUGUUCCCAAUAUUGAUUUUGAUGAUGCAUUGUUGUGUGCUAGAGAGGUUGAUGGUUGGCGUAGGCCUCAUGUGACUUCCUUUGUGAACUUUGUAGAAAGAGUUCUACGCUUAUGCAAUCCAUCGAAGAUGGAGAAGUUUCGUCUAUCAUGUCGUGUUUUCCGUGAUGCAUUUCAGAUACGUUCAUGGAUUUCUCAUGCAAUCAUGCACAAUGUUCAGGAGCUUGAUCUAUCUCUCUUUGCAAAGGAUCCAUCUAUGAUUCCUCGGUCUGUGUUUCAUAACACAUCAUUGGUUAGCCUUAAAAUAAGAAUGGAUUGUGCUAUUCAACUCCCAUCACAUGUUUCUUUUCCAUGCCUGAAAGCAUUGCAAUUGUCCUAUGUUCAGUUCCUGCAUGAUGAUUUUACAGAAACGUUUCUCUCAGGCUGCCCAGUUCUUGAAAAAUUGAUAUUAUUCAAUAACAGCUUCAAAUCGAACAUUACAAUUUCAAGUUCCUCCUUAAAGAGCUUGACCAUACGUGAUCUGUCACGGUUUGGGGAAAUCGAUGAUCUUAGUGGCUGUAAGAUCAAGAUUGGUGCAGAAAAUCUUAUUUACUUUGAAUAUAUCGGAUAUCUAUCCAACUGGAUUAUGUUUAGUGAUACAUCAUCUCUCGACAUAUCAUUCAUUAAUAUUCCGACUCACAAUGAGAGGCUACAGAAAGUUGCAAACCGAGCUAUUGAUCUACUUAAACAACUACAAUAUGUCGUGUCUUUGAGGUUAUCUAAUCUUACCUUGCAGGGACUCAUGCACCUUGGUGAGAACAAUUUAAUUUGGUCAUCAAUACCUAUAUGCAUGUCGAAUUGCCUAAAGAUAGUGGCCAUGAAGAACUUUCAUGGUUAUGAUUCAGAAAUAUGUUUACUAAAAAAUGUUUUGAAGACUGCGCGUGUAUUGGAGAGGAUGGAUAUUAGGUGGUCUGAGACUUAUCUACGAGAUCUGAAGAGGAAAACAAAUGCGAGGAAGGAAUUGGAAAAGAUUGUAAAGAGCUCUCCUGCUUGUGUCAUCAAGUUCUCGUGA